GCGCCCGCGCCCCAGUUCUUCGCCGUUGAUUGGCCAGAGCUGCGGUGAUACGGCGGCGGGGCUGCGCUCCUCUCCUCCGCUGGAGAGGGGGAAGGGGGCUGUCGAUUGAGACAUCGAGCGAGCGGCCCGUGUGAGGAAAAGACUGUUGCUGCCGCUAUGACGUUCAAGGGGAGCCGGGCCCGGGAUCGUUUUUACAGCACUCGCUGCUGCGGCUGCUGCCAUGUCCGUACCGGGACCAUCAUCCUGGGGACGUGGUACAUGGUGGUGAACUUGUUGAUGGGCAUCUUGCUGACUGUGGAAGUGACCCACCCUAAUUCAGUGCCAAAUGUUGACAUACAGUAUGAAGUCAUUGGUAAUUACUAUGGUUCUGAGAGAAUGGCUGAAAAUGCUUGUGUUCUCUUUGCCAUCUCGCUCCUCCUGUUCACGAUAAGUGCAAUGAUGGUGUAUGGAGCAAUUGCUCAUCGAGUGGGCUGGCUCAUUCCAUUCUUCUGUUACCAGCUCUUUAACUUUGUCCUCAGUUGCCUGGUUGCCAUCAGUUCUCUUACUUACAUGCCAAGAAUCAAAGAGUAUCUGGAUGAGUUACCGGAUUUCCCUUACAAAGAUGACCUCCUUGCACUUGACUCAAGCUGUAUUUUGUUCGUUGUCCUGGUGUUUUUUGCCUUAUUUAUCAUCUUAAAGGCCUAUCUAAUUAACUGUGUAUGGAACUGCUAUAAAUACAUCAGCAACAGAAACUUGCCUGAGAUAGCCGUGUAUCCUGCAUUUGAAGCUCCUCCACAGUAUGUCCUACCGACUUAUGAAAUGGCAGUGAAGAUGCCUGAGAAGGAACCCCCACCUCCUUACAUACCUGCCUGAACCAACUGUACUUACGUUCGUUAACAUCUGUACCAACUUCUUGGAUUUUGUCCUUUUUAAUCUUGCAAAAUUGCUUAAAUAUUCCGGGCUUUAGGAGCAAACCUUUCUGUUGAAAGAUGUUUGAUAUAACUCUACUAAGCAAAACACAUCUGGCAGUAAUUUUUUCCUGUUGGCUUUAGUUUUUGUUCUCUUUAAUGGUCUUAAACAUGGUUAUUGCCUUGGGGUCUUGUACUGCAAACAUUAGAACUACAUGAGUGAACUAGUUCAUGUGAAAUCAACUGAACAACUCAUAUGAGUAAAGUUAGCCGCAGGCAUACAUGUCUGCUAGGUCGGGCUCUUAAUUUGUAGAGUAAUUUUUGUAAAGUAGUUCAUAAAGACAAUCUGAUCUACCAGCAAAAUGAGUUUUUUGCCUUUCUUUAAUCAUUUUUUUUGAGGGGGAAAGAGGUUGGGAGGGAGGCUUGAGUGUGUGUGUGUACAUAUUUUUUACUCUGCACUUUUCUCACACUAUCUUACCUUACUGUUUUUUGUUAUCUAUUGCCUUGAAACAUUUUCAGGAAGAGUGAAGCUGGCACUAACGUUUGAAGUUUGACAACAUGCUGUGAAUGCAAGAAAAAAAUGCAUACAGAAAUUACUUAAAUGUGGGAGAUGAUGGUUGCAUGCUUCUAAUCUGUUUAUUUCUCUAUUUGUGAUAAAUGAUACUUUAAUAAAUCUUUUAAGAAACGUUUA